AUGUUUUCGGUCAAAACAUCAUUGAAAUUAUACUCCUGCUUCUUGUUUUGUGGAGUUCGGUUUAGCAGGGCUCCUGUAAAUGCGGCUAGGUUAUGGUUGAUUGUUGUGAAAAGAGCUUUCAGAUCUCCUACCAAAGAGACUGAUAAGAGAGGUGGCAGAAGAAGAGAGGAACAUGACCAGGAGGAAGAUGAAGAAAAGAUGGAUGCAAUAGUGGUGUUUGCUGGGUUUUGCACAGAAAAGAGAGAAACGGAGAUGGAUCUUCCGGGAACCCACGAACCAAGAAACCGCAUCGCCACAAACCUAGUGAAAGGUUGCAGCUUCCGUUAGCGUCGGCGAUGGCGGUAGCGGUGGUGUUGCACCAGUGAAUGAUGAUGUCUCCGCUGCUACUGCCGCCGAGCAAGGCCACGUGAUUGCGGUGGUCGUGGCUACUGUAGCUGUCGCCGAGGGGUGAAAAAUUCAAUGGGAAAGCCUCUAAAUUACUCUUUCUCUGCUCUCAGAACUAGCAAAUUGGGUUUGAUUUUAGAGGGUUAAGGCUAACACGUUUUCAGACCUAGCAACAUCAACCUAAGAAUGGGAGACACAAGAACAAGGAGAACACCCUUUUGAAAACACGGAGAACAACCACCUCUUUUUUCCUCUAGAUGGUGCAAUAAAACAGGGAAAACAACUUGAAGUUGUUAUCAGAAAAUAGGGUUUUGAGAACAUGCAAAACACGAAGAACAGAAACAUCCUUCCUUACCGAACAGGUUUUAAGUGUUCUUCUUCUAGAAAACAAAAAACAGUUUUCAAGAACACUUUCUAAACAGACCCUUAGG